UCGUUGCGCAGCUGGUCCGACCCACUGUCGCAUGUCAGCCAUGGUAAACGACUGGCAGAAUCUCUCAGCAUUGAUCAGGUGUCAGUUCAUUGAGCUCCGCGAACAGCUUGUGCAAGACCUGUCGCAGGAGCUGCGCGCGCUGCUGGGUGCCCGACCACCUGAGCGCCUCAGCGCGCAGAGCGCGGAGAGUGCCUUCAGCCGACGCGAGACCGGUCCGAGCGGCGAGGAAUCCGUGUACAGCGAAGGAGAACAUUCUCACCAUCAUGAUUCGCAGGAGUGCCAUGACUGGCUGAAACGCCAUCGGAAGUCCUUCCUCUCCUCGAAGAUUGUGGCCAUGCUGGAGGACGAGGAGCGGACGCACGGCAUGAUGGUGAACCUGCCCAGCUUGGCCGAGCGGGAGCAUCGGGUGCAUCCUGCACCGCCGAGUGGACCUUUGCCGGAGACCUUACGCCUGGCGGCCGUGGAGGAGUUGCGAACCAAUGUCAGUGGGGGCAGCCCGCAGGCUCGAUCCUACCACUCCACCACCCGUGGCUCUACGCCUAAGCGACCCACGCGGGCGUCGGUGAUGGAGUGGGCCUUUGGCUUGAAACGACAGGGCAGCACUCGAUUCCAGGAGACCACCUGGCUGCGCAUGAGAGCCCUGCGACUCGUGAGCAACAGCUUCUUUGAGUACCUGUCGAUGGUGAUGUUACUGGCCAAUGCUGUGGCCGUGGGAGUGCAGACAGAUUACAUGGCUGUGAAGCAAGCCCCGUCGGCUCCGAAGGUCUGGCGUGGGAUGGAUAUGUUCUUCUGCAUUUUCUUCAGUCUGGAGUUGACUCUACGCUUGGCGGCCUUUGGCAAGAAAUUCUUCGUGAUGACAGGCUGCGCUUGGAACGUCCUGGACAUCAUUUUGGUUCUGGCGCAGGUUACAGAGGAAGUGCUGCUGGCAGUGGCGGAUAGCGAUGGGCAGGACAAUGCGGAUGUGAUGCGCGCCGUGCGCAUCUUGCGUGUGAUCAAAGUCCUGCGGCUGGUGGGCACCGUGCGGAUGGCGGAGGACUUACAGCUGCUGAUCAACUGUUUGCUCCUCUCGUUGAAGCAGUUCUUGUGGUCCGUCCUGCUGCUCUUGUUGGCCAUCUACGUCAUGGCGGUCUACGUCACCCAGGCCGCCAGCGCCUAUCGAAUGGAGCAGCCAACAGGGACCUAUGCCGAGCAGAUCACCCGGUGGUGGGGCUCGAUGCCUCAGAGCAUCCUGUCGCUCUUCCAAGGCAUCACCGGAGGGAUUGAUUGGCAUCAGAUCGCUGAACCCUUGAUGAAAGGCAUUAGCCCCUGGUUUGGUUUGCUCUUUGUCUUCUUUAUGGCCUUCUGUAUUCUGGCCCUGCUCAACGUGAUCACUGGCACCUUUGUCGAGACCAUGAGCCAGCAGGCCAAAGACCUCCACCUGCGCGGCCGCAUCAUCCAAGCACGGCGCCUCUUUCGCGAGAUCGAUACCGACGCCAGCGGCUUUAUCAGUCCCGAUGAGAUCUUGGAACACACCUCCAACCCGGCUGUGCAAGAAUUCUUCGAGACCAUUGACGUUCAUCCUUCGGAGGCCAAAAACCUUCUGGAAGUAAUCGACCUGGACGGCAAUGGCAAGAUCAACUUUGAAGAAUUCUUGGAAGGCUCUCUUCGCCUGAAUGGUGCAGCCAAGUCCUCCGACUUGGUGUUGCUGGCGCGCGAGGUGAAGCGCUUUCACCAGGGUCAUGCGAAGGAGAUGUCCGAGCUGCUGCUGAAGGUCCGCCUGGCGCUGGCGGAGCACCGCUCCAAGAGCCAAGACGACGGCCGUUCGGGGAGGGCGAAGGCGGUGACGGAGAUGUGUUGAGCUUAGGGAUGGAAGGAC